AUGGCGCAAAAGGCACGCAAGGACCGAGCCAAGUCCAAUUCGGCAGCUCUCAAUAACCUCCACCUCGGAUCACUCAUCGUCAACGGCCUCUUCUUGCUCCUCCACUUCGUCUUCCGGCGGCGAUCGUUGCUGCUCUGGUUCAUUCUUUCUCUUCCCAGCUUCAUAUGCCAAUUGACCCUGGAGAAGACCGGCCGUCCCAGCUAUGACCCCGACACGAAGGCGCUCAGAUCUUCUGGUGAGGAUCUGGCGGCUCCCGGCCUGACUGAGUACAUGUUCGAUGUUAUCUGGGUGACGUGGGCGGCUGCUAUUCUUGUGGCAUUGUUCGGCAACUGGGCUUGGUUCCUCUGGGCCGUUGUUCCCGCCUUUGGCGCCUACAAGGCCUUUGGCAUGAUGGGAGCCGCGAGGCAGAUGGCCCAGGUGGGUGCCGGUGCCAACGCUGCGGCUCCCGCAGGCAACCGGAAGCAGCGGCGAGCAGCAUAA